CUGUGCUUGUAGAGCUGAGCUACCGCCGAGGCUGCACCAUCCACCCUGACAUCCCACUCACAAAAUGGACCAGGAGACCCUGGGAAGCAUUGUCCUGCUUGCCAUUGUUACCUUGCUAACUGUUGUCCAGAACGCUUUUUUUGCUUACAAACUGGAGCAUGAAAGCAAACACUGCAACAGCAAGGGGUUCCAGCGGCAGGGAUCAUCCUGCUUCGACCGUGUCUACACUGCCAACCAGAACUGCGGACAUGCGUACCCUACGUUUCUCGCUGUGCUUUGGUGUGCUGGCCUUCUCUGCAGCCAAGCUCCUGCUGCCUUUGCUGGCCUGAUGUACUUGUUUGUGAGGCAGAAGUACUUCGUGGGCUACCUCGGGGAGAGGACUCAGAGCACUCCUGGUUACUUGUUUGGAAAGCGCAUCAUCUUGUUCCUGUUUCUCAUGUCUGUGGCUGGAAUACUCAACUACUAUCUCAUCUUCUUUUUUGGAAGUGACUUUGAAAUACACAUUAAAACGAUAACCAGCGCGAUCUCUCCAUUGCUGCUCAUACCCUAAGUCCCUGCAGCACUGAGGGGGUCAGCACACUUAAUAUAUCCAUACCCAGAAGCUGCCAUAAUUCAACUGUUUAAGAAAUGAACCCAUAACCCAGUUAGAUUGCUGUAAAUCU